CACGCCCCACGGCGCACUUCCGCUCGUUCCCUGGGCGCUGUGGCGGCGGUGGCCGCUCCUGCUCCCGCUCCCGGAAUGGUUCCCGGGUCUGAGGGUCCGGCCCGGGCCGGGGGCCUGGUGGCUGAUGUUGUGUUUGUAAUCGAGGGCACAGCCAAUCUGGGCCCCUACUUCGAGGGGCUGCGCAAGCACUAUCUGCUCCCGGCUAUUGAGUAUUUCAAUGGCGGUCCUCCUGCGGAAACGGACUUCGGAGGAGACUACGGGGGUACCCAGUACAGCCUGGUGGUCUUCAACACCGUGGACUGCGCCCCGGAGUCCUACGUGCAGUGUCACGCGCCCACCAGCAGCGCCUAUGAGUUUGUCACCUGGCUGGAUAGCAUUAAGUUCAUGGGUGGUGGCGGUGAGAGCUGCAGCCUCAUCGCAGAAGGCCUCAGCACAGCACUGCAGCUGUUUGAUGACUUUAAGAAGAUGCGCGAGCAGAUUGGCCAGACGCACCGAGUCUGCCUGCUCAUCUGCAACUCACCGCCGUACCUGCUGCCUGCGGUGGAGAGCACCACGUACUCAGGGUACACGACUGAGAGCCUCGUGCAGGAGAUUGGGGAGCGUGGGAUCCACUUCUCCAUUGUGUCCCCUCGGAAGCUGCCUGCCCUGCGGCUGCUGUUUGAGAAGGCUGCACCUCCAGCUAUGCUAGAGCCACUGCAACCGCCAGCAGAUGUGAGCCAGGACCCCCGGCACAUGGUGCUGGUGCGCGGGCUGGUGCUGCCCGUUGGGGGUGGCUCAACCCCUGGCCCCCUCCAGCCCAAGCAGCAGGUGCCUCUGCCACCCGUGCCACCCUCCGGUCCCACACUCUCAGCCGCACCCCAGCAGUCCCUGCCCCCUGUGCCGCCACAGUAUCAGGUCCCCGGGAACCUGAGCGCGGCUCAGGUCGCAGCCCAGAAUGCAGUGGAGGCUGCCAAGAACCAGAAGGCCGGGCUGGGCCCACGCUUCUCGCCCAUCAACCCUCUGCAGCAGGCUGCCUCUGGAGUGGGACCCCCCUUCAGCCAGGCCACGCCCCCAACAUUACCCCCUGGGCCUCCUGGUGCCCCCAAGGCACCUCCUGCCUCCCAGCCCAACCUGGUCUCCACAGUGGUGCCUGGCCCAGGCCUGGCCCCUGCUGCCGCACAGCCAGGGGCCCCAUCCAUGGCGGGCGCGGUGGCCCCAGGUGGCGUCAGUGGUCCUUCCCCGGCCCAGCUCGGGGCACCAGCCCUUGGUGGGCAGCAGUCAGUGUCUAACAAGCUCCUGGCCUGGAGCGGGGUGCUCGAGUGGCAGGAGAAACCCAAACCUGCCUCGGUGGAUGCCAACACCAAGCUGACCCGGUCCCUGCCCUGCCAGGUCUACGUGAAUCAUGGAGAGAACCUGAAGACAGAACAGUGGCCGCAGAAGUUGAUCAUGCAGCUCAUCCCCCAGCAGCUGCUGACCACCUUGGGCCCUCUGUUUCGGAAUUCGAGGAUGGUGCAGUUCCACUUCACCAACAAGGACCUGGAAUCCCUCAAAGGCCUCUACCGCAUCAUGGGCAACGGCUUCGCCGGCUGCGUGCACUUCCCCCACACGGCCCCCUGCGAGGUACGCGUGCUCAUGCUGCUCUACUCGUCCAAGAAGAAGAUCUUCAUGGGCCUCAUCCCCUACGACCAGAGUGGCUUUGUCAACGGCAUCCGGCAGGUCAUCACCAACCACAAGCAAGUCCAGCAGCAGAAGCUGGAGCAGCAGCGCGGGAUGGGGGGACAGCAGGCACCCCCAGGUCUGGGCCCCAUUCUGGAGGACCAAGCGAGGCCCUCGCAGAAUCUGCAGCUUCAGCUCCGCCCACCACAGCCCCAGCCUCAAGGUGCUGUGGGGGCAUCUGGGGCCGCAGGGCAGCCCCAGGCCCCAGGUACCACCCAGGCCCCUCCAGGUGCCCCCCAAGGCCCUCCUGGAGCUGCCCCUGGCCCACCCCCUCCUGGACCCAUCCUUCGGCCCCAGAAUCCUGGGGCUAAUCCCCAGCUGCGGAGCCUUCUUCUCAACCCGCCACCGCCCCAGACCGGGGUGCCCCCGCCCCAGGCCUCCCUCCACCACCUCCAGCCACCAGGGGCUCCUGCGUUGCUGCCCCCACCUCACCAGAGCUUGGGGCAGCCCCAGCUGGGUCCCCCGCUCCUGCACCCGCCGCCCGCUCAGUCCUGGCCCGCCCAGCUUCCCCCUCGGGCUCCGAUGCCAGCGGCAAAACGAAAGAGAGAAGGAGAGGGCCGUGUGUUUCGAGAAAAAUGGGAGCGAGACUAUUUCUUUGUGGAAGUGAAGAGCAUGCCUACGUGUCUAAUAUGCAAAAAAAUCGUGUCUGUGUUGAAAGAGUACAACCUGAAGCGCCACUAUGAGUCCAGGCACAGCAAGAGCUACGACCAGUACACAGAGCAGACCCGCGACGCCAUCCUCAACGAACUGAAAAAGGGCCUUAAGUGUCAGUAGGGCUCACCAUGAGGAGGGCCCGGGCUGCGGGCCCAUACGCCUCGGGGUACACGGAAGACACACCAGGCUUUGCCAGCCUGGCUGCCUGAAGGAGGCGCAUCAGUCGUGGCCUUUCCUGUUGCUGCUCAUAAACUCUUUCCACCGGUUAGCUUUAUUUAUUUGUGGUGUUGAGGAUUUGGAGGUGACCAGGGGAGCCCGAUGCUGGGAAGUGACAGACUGUACCGAGAGAUGCGAUGUCACAUGCAGCGCUCAGAACUUGGAAGCACAACCACAGAUAGUUGAGGCGGUGACCUGAGCAGCGGUGUUGGUAGGGGCAAGAAUAGUCACAUACUGGCCUGUCACCUCCAUUCAGUGGACCCGAGAAGCCAAAGGGAUGCACGGUGGACUUCUGCAGUCUUAUGCUCCUCAUGGUUAGCUGUGGGCAAGUGUCCAUAACAGCUUGAACCAGAAGCCGGUUCCCUGAGGAGGCAGCCAGAGGCUUUGAACGCCAGCACAGCUCCUCAGGGCCAGCCACAAGCUGCUCCUUGAGUGGACACUUGAGAUGGCCUUGGACCAGCAGAGACAGAACUGCACUCCCCAGGCGUAAUCCGACUCCUCCUUUCUCCUCACCACAGUUGGUUUCUGGAAGUGGAAUUGGUGGCCUGGACCACAGUCACCUGGAUGGUGGGCUCAAAGGCCAAAUCCCCAGACUCUGCACCCACUUUCUGUGACAGUGGAAUAGCGCUGUCCCACUGGCUGUGGCCAGCGGGCGUUGCCCCGGCCCCGUGGCUGUAGGCCACAGGAGUAGUUGAACUGCAAGGCGGAGGGCACCCGUCCCAAAGGCAGUUGCUCGGGAUGGUGGCGAGGUCCGAGGUCCAUUUUGGGGCGCCCACGCUUGUGUGAACAGCCGCCCCUUUGGUUAGGGUUAGGGCCCGUAUCCAGCGAAGCUCGCUCCUGGGGACAGAGUCUAGGUCGCCUGGGGCGCCUGCCCCUCCAAGACUUGACCCUGACAGCUCGGUGUGGAAGGGGAGUUGUCAGCCUUCCCGCCUCAACUUGAAGGAGCAGAAGAAUUAUGAGAGAGAAAAAAAAUUUUAAUAAUUAAAUACUUCUAUUUUUCAAUUUGUAUUUUUUCAAUUUUGACUUUAUAAACUCCAGUAUCCUACAUGUUUGUAUUCUGUUCCAUGCAUUCACCAUAGUUGAGUAAAGAUCCAAUUUGAUUAUG